AAACACAUCAUUAACAGACUGUUUAAACCAUAGCUGCUUGCAGCAUGUGCAUAUAUACUCACAUGCUACUGAUACUGCUUCUUUAAAGUGCUCCACAAGUUCAUCAAUUGUAUUGGAGGGAAAUCUGUUGCUUUGUUUACGUAAAGCGUCAUCUUUAGAUUCUUUCUCUCUGUAUGCUGGAUUGCUUCUCCUUUGUUUGUUGAUGUUUCUCUCAAAUUCUUGGAAUGACGGAGCUCUUCUUCUCUUUCUAUUGUUUCUUUUUUCAAUUUCUUUAUACACAGGAUCUCUUCUUCUUGUCUUGUUGAUGUUACUCUCAAACUCUUGGAAGGAUAGAUCUUUUCUUCUUCUUUUGUUUUUUCUUUGUUCAUUUUCUUUGUAUUCCGGAUCUUGUCGUCUUCUCUUCUUGAGGUUACUCUCAAACUCUUGGAAGGAUGGAUCUUUUCUUCUUCUUUUGCUUUUUCUUUGUUCAUUUUCUUUGUAUUCCGGAUCUUGUCGUCUUCUCUUCUUGAGGUUACUCUCAAACUCUUGGAAGGAUGGAUCUUUUCUUCUUCUUUUGUUUUUUCUUUGUUCAUUUUCUUUGUAUUCCGGAUCUUGUCGUCUUCUCUUCUUGAGGUUACUCUCAAACUCUUGGAAGGAUGGAUCUUUUCUUCUUCUUUUGUUUUCUCUUUGUUCAUUUUCUUUGUAUUCCGGAUCUUGUCGUCUUCUCUUACUGAGGUUACUCUCAAACUCUUGGAAGGAUGGAUCUUUUCUUCUUCUUUUGUUUUCUCUUUGUUCAUUUUCUUUGUAUUCCGGAUCUUGUCGUCUUCUCUUCUUGAGGUUACUCUCAAACUCUUGGAAGGAUAGAUCUUUUCUUCUUCUUUUGUUUUCUCUUUGUUCAUUUUCUUUGUAUUCCGGAUCUUGUCGUCUUCUCUUAUUGAGGUUACUCUCAAACUCUUGGAAGGAUAGAUCUUUUCUUCUUCUUUUGUUUUCUCUUUGUUCAUUUUCUCUGUAUUCCGGAUCUUGUCGUCUUCUCUUAUUGAGGUUACUCUCAAACUCUUGGAAGGUUAGAUCUUUUCUUCUCUUUCUAUUGUUUCUUUGUUCAUUUUCUUUGUAUUCUGGAUCUUGUCGUCUUCUCUUAUUGAGGUUUUUCUCAAAUUCUUUGAAGGACAAAUCUCUUCUCCUCUUUCUGUUUGCACUUUGUUCACUUUCCUUAUAUUGUGGGUCUCUUCUUUUCUCCUUUCUGAGUGUCCUUUCUAAUUUUGUAUAGGAAGAAUUCUGUCUUUGCUUACGCUUGUAUUCCAUCAUAUAGGUCUUUCUUAGGUUUUGAGACAAGUGUGUAUUAGCAACAUUUUGUCCAAUUGACCUUGAUAGCUCUUGAAAGUUUGCUUGAGAAACAAAGUAUGAACUGAGAGUGUCUAAUCUUUCAGUUGGGAAUGGUAUAACUUUGCCUUGCUGUAAGCACAAUUUGAGAUGUUGUCUGAUUUGUGAAUUGUCAAAUCUUUGAGUUUGUGGAGGCACAUUGAACAGACAGCUAAAUGCAGCAGCUAUUGCAAAAGCUCCACAAGCUGGUUCAGUUUGUUGGGUUAUUGGAAUGUACUCUAUAUGCACAGCUGUUCCAUACAAUAGAUUGAUUUGAGGCAUUAAAUGCUUAAUUCUGUCCUGUGAAGACAAUGAAUCAUACACAGAUACUCGAUUGGUGGAAGGGUCAUAUGAGGAUGUGACCCAAUGGUUAUCAACAUGAUGGAAGUUGAUACAAUGUUUAUCUCUAGGAAUAUCAAUAGAAACUCCUUUAGAAAGAAGAACUUUCAUGGCUGCAGGUGUCACUUGUCCAAUGUAUUGAUCUAGUUGUGGACUAUGAUUUUUCAUAAUUGAUACAGCUUGUUGUAUGACAUCAUCAGGGAUGUAUGCUGCGUAUUCAUCCACUGAACUCAUAGAUUCUUUAUUUAGAUUCGACAAGGAUAAGUGUUUUUUGUGAGUAUUAUUAUUACUGAUUGCAGUCAGUUCUUCUUUCCGUUGCUGAGUAUUCACACUGCCAAUAUUACUCUGACCAUGAGCACUUGAUAAAAUGCUAUGACUCGGGGUUUUAUCAUUCUUGUUCACAGUGGUAGUGCAUUUGUGACUUUUAAACUUUUGAUAAGUACUAAACCUUAGGUUGCAAGCAUGACAGUAUGAGCAUUUAUGCUGAAGAAGUCUUUUCUGGGUUGAAAAGCUUUUACAGCAGUUAGUACAUUUACAACUUCUUAAUUCGUCACAGAGAUCUUGAUCAUUAGAAGGUACUUGUUUAAUGCACUUAUGUAAGCUUAUUUUUUGCUUGGAAGGAAAAACAUUUCCACAUUGUUGACAUAAACAACAUUUGUGUAGUUUCAUCUUUUGCUUGGUGGAGAAAUCUUGCCCACAUUGUUUACACAAAGUGCAUGUAUGACUUCUGAAAGCUUUCAAAUACUUGUAAGUUUGAGUGCAUUCAUUGCAUGUGAAUAUGUUGCCAUUGUAUAUAUGGCUCCCUCUAUUUCCUACAAGAAAAUGAUCUUCGUGGAAUCUUUGUGUCAGUGAGGAAAUAAUACAAGUGACAUUGUUAAAAGAAAUAUAACAGAACGCGAACAGCGUCAGGGUAAACAUGUAAACAAAAUAAGACAUCCUUAUAUAUAGUCAAGGUUAUAAUUGAGUAUCAGGAGAAUCUAGUUGAGAUUACAAAUGAGAAACCUCUGGAAAGUGACUUUGUUCAUUUCUCCUUUACAGAUGCCUUUCAGUAGUAUCCAUAUACCGCAAGCAAAGUACUGUCAAGUGUAGGAUUCUUUCUGUUUCAGUCAGUGCAUUGAAGUGUUGCCCACGCAAAAAAAAACUUGGAAUACUUUGUAUCCUGCAGUCUGAGGUAAAAAAAAGAAAAUCAUUGACUUUUAACACUGUACAAUGUGUCUGUUCAUACAAGGCCAAGGCUAAAUAUCUACUUUUGAGAGAUUUUGAGUAGGUGUAAUUCUAUACUGAUUAGCAAUGAAUUGAUAAGUAAUUCUGUUAAAUGCCAUUAAUUAUGAUUAUCCUCAUUAACAUCAUCUCCAUCUUUUUAAUCAAUUAUUUCUUGAGUAUUUAUGAUAUAAAUUGAUAUUAUUGGGGUUAUCAUUCUUUUUUAUCACCAUUAUUACAUUAUUCAUGUAUUAUUAAUUUGUUUGUGUAUGAAAUGAUAAUAAUUGCUUUUUAUUUAAAUAAGCGGUAAUUUUAAAACGAAAUUCAAUCUUUGUCAUAAAAUGAUGUGUCAAAGUG